GCGUACGUGCGAGGCGAGCGUGAGAAGCUGGCCUCCUGGGUUGUCGCUGCUAGAGCGUGAACUGUGUCGCCCGCCUCCUGGCGGGUGCGGGCCGCCCACCCACGGCACCCUUGGCACCCUGCGCCGCCAUGUGGGCCGCCCUGAGGUCAGCCCUGCAGCCCUGGGCCUGCGCCGCUGCCUCUCGGCCGCGCACCUAUCACGGGGACGCGGUGACCUCGCUGGGCUCCCGGCCGGACGCGGGCUCCGCCAUGUACCAGGAGAACUACGAGCAGAUGAAGGCGCUGGUGAGUCAGCUCCGGGAACGCGCCAAGCUUGUGCAGCGAGGAGGCAGUGAAAAAGCCCGAGCACUUCAUACGUCAAGAGGAAAACUGUUGCCCAGAGAAAGAAUCGACAGUCUUAUCGAUCCAGGGUCUCCAUUUCUGGAGUUGUCCCAGUUUGCAGGGUACCAGUUGUAUGGCGAUGAAGAAGUCCCCGCGGGUGGCAUCAUCACUGGCAUCGGAAGGGUAUCAGGAGUAGAAUGCAUGAUUGUUGCCAACGAUGCCACUGUCAAAGGAGGCACCUACUACCCUGUGACCGUGAAAAAACACCUACGGGCACAAGAAAUUGCGUUGCAGAACCGGCUCCCCUGCAUCUACCUAGUUGAUUCAGGUGGUGCCAACUUACCUCGCCAAGCAGAUGGAUUUGCAGAUCGUGAUCACUUUGGCCGCAUAUUCUAUAAUCAAGCAAUCAUGUCUUCUAAAAAUAUUACUCAGAUCGCGGUGGUCAUGGGCUCCUGCACGGCGGGCGGCGCCUAUGUGCCCGCGAUGGCCGACGAGAAUAUCAUCGUGCGUAAGCAGGGGACCAUUUUCUUGGCAGGACCCCCCCUGGUUAAAGCGGCCACCGGUGAGGAGGUAUCUGCUGAGGAGCUUGGAGGUGCCGAUCUUCACUGCAGGAAGUCUGGAGUCACUGACCACUAUGCUUUGGACGAUCAUCAUGCCCUGCACUUAGCAAGGAAGAUUGUAAGGAGUCUGAAUUACCAGAAGAAAUUGGAUGUUACCGUGGAGCCUUCUGAAGAGCCUUUGUUCCCUGCCGAUGAACUGUACGGAAUAGUUGGUGCUAACCUGAAGAGGAGUUUUGAUGUCCGAGAGGUCAUUGCUAGAAUCGUGGAUGGAAGCAAAUUCAAUGAAUUCAAAGCAAUGUAUGGAGACACGUUAGUCACAGGAUUUGCUCGAAUAUUUGGAUAUCCCGUAGGUGUCAUCGGAAACAAUGGAGUUCUGUUUUCUGAAUCUGCAAAAAAGGGUACUCACUUCAUCCAGCUGUGCUGCCAAAGGAAUAUUCCUCUGCUGUUCCUUCAGAACAUCACUGGAUUCAUGGUUGGUAGAGACUAUGAGGCUGAAGGAAUUGCUAAAGAUGGUGCCAAGAUGGUGACUGCUGUAGCCUGUGCCAAAGUACCUAAGAUAACCAUCAUUAUCGGGGGGUCCUAUGGGGCUGGAAACUACGGGAUGUGUGGGAGAGCUUAUAGCCCAAGAUUUCUCUACAUGUGGCCAAAUGCUCGUAUCUCAGUGAUGGGAGGAGAGCAGGCAGCCAAUGUGUUAGCCACUGUAGCCAAGGACCAAAGAGCACGGGAGGGAAAACAGUUCUCCAGUGCUGAUGAAGCAGCCUUGAAAGAGCCCAUCAUUAAGAGGUUUGAAGAGGAAGGAAACCCUUACUAUUCUAGUGCAAGGCUGUGGGAUGACGGCAUCAUUGAUCCGGCUGACACCAGACUGGUCCUGGGUCUCAGUAUUAGCGUGGCCCUCAAUGCACCAAUCCAGAAGACUGACUUUGGCAUCUUGAGGAUGUAACUGGAAUCGGAUAUGUGCCAAAAACUAACACGUGUAGCAAUAGCCUUAAAGUUUUAGCUUUUUUAAAAAACGUGGCUAUUAGAAUAAUUUUUUUUCUAAACGCAGUGCAUUGUACUUUGCUACCUUAAAAAAAUCAUUGAGUAUGUUUAUUUGACAAGCAUCAAUUCCUUUUAAAUUUUCUUAGAGAAAUUUCUUUAGGGCUUAGUUUUACUGACUACGAAAUGAAGAAAGUAAUUUACCAUUAUCAUUUUUUAUCCCACAGGAAGUACGAAGAAUCCUAUAAUCUGUAAUUCCUGUUAUUAUUGAGAUCAUUAAUACGAAGUUGUGUUUCCACUGAAGUGAUCGUUUGGCUUCAUGAUAUUUUGACACUUGUUUUUAAAAAUCAUCUAUUACUUUUACCUUCAGCCGUUCUCCCAUCUCCUUCCCAUAGUAGUCAAACUUCUCCUUGUCUGCAGCCUGGCCUCUUUUCUACCCAUUCUCUCCUUCCUCUUGCCCCCACCACCAGCAGUUGUCCACCGCUAGCAAUUGUCCUCAGGGUCCCCAUUGAUCUCCAUGCUGUGGAAACCAGUUGGGCUGUCCCUCACCUUCGCAGAGGGAGUUCAGUGGCCCUCUGAUUGGCACUCUCUCGAUUUUCAUUGGUAAACAUGAGAAGAUUCUUAUUCUAAAAGAUACAAAUAACACACAAAUACCUAUUUUUAAAAAUUGUGGUAAGAUGCAUAUAAUAUAAAAUUUAUCUCAACUAUUUAUUUUUAUCUUUUCCUUUUUAUUGGUAUAUGUGUUCACCAUGCAUUUGUAUCUCACAUAUCAUUUUUACUUCCCCCUUCCCACUCCUCCUCCACGUCUUCUCUCAUUCCUAGAUCCCUUCCCAUCUCCGCACAGUCUUUCUUUCAGUUUCCUAUCUGUCUUUUAUUUUGCUGUUUACAUUUAUUUAUACUUUGGGUUUGUUAUGUAAGAGAAGGCAUGCAAUAUUUACGCUUCUAUGUCUGAUUUAUUUCACUUAGCAUUAUGGUCUCAAGGUGAAUCCAUUUCCCUACAGAUGACUCAAAUUUAUCCUUCUUUAUUCCUGAAGAGUACUCCAUUUGACCAUUUUUAAGCUCAAUAUAUUAAAUACCUUCAUAUUGUGCAGCUAUCACCACCAUCCAUCUCUAGAACUUUACCUUGUGUCUCCAAUGCCUGUCACUUGUAGAUGUGCAAUAUUUGUUGAGUGAAUGAAUGAAUGAAAAAAAUUGUGAAUUGUAAUUGCUGUCCUUAAACCACAAAGUUUUAAAAUUAGGUGAUUGAUUAUAUGACUUCAUGUGACAUCAGAUGUUUUGCUAAUAAAAUUAGCAUUCCAAACAUUUAUGUGAUACUCAA